CCUACAAAGGGGAGGUGCUAGCAGUCGGACCGGAAGUGGAAAUGGUCCUCCAAGGCUUUUAUGCCGCUGGUGUCAGGGGUAUUUUCAUAUUCCAAUACCGAUAAAUCUUUGAGGUUUCUGGGUGUCUCUGGGGAGCCCCUGGGCCAGAUCUUCCUCCAGACUCCAGCCCAUCUCUUCAGAGCAGGUCUGCUUGAGUUCACAGAUGACUGCCAAGCUUCAGACACCCUAGAGACAAAGGGCUGAGACCCAGUGUGGCCAUGCCAGCUAAUUGGACCUCACCCCAGAAAUCCUCAGCCCUGGCUCCGGAGGAUCAUGGCAGCUUCUAUGAGUGUUAACCUUGAUGCCUGAAAGAACUGGAAAUUAUGAAGAUAGAUUCAGAAGUCAAAUAUGUUAACUAACUGCAUUGAAGAGUAGAAGAAAACAAUAGCCUAGGAUCAGUGUCCUUCAGGGAUGUGGCUAUCGAUUUCAGCAGAGAGGAAUGGCGGCACCUGGACCUUUCUCAGAGAAACCUGUACCGGGAUGUGAUGCUGGAGACCUACAGCCACCUGCUUUCAGUAGGGUAUCAAGUUCCUGAAGCAGAGGUGGUCAUGUUGGAGCAAGGAAAGGAACCAUGGGCACUGCAGGGUGAGAGGCCACGUCACAGCUGCCCAGGAGAGAAAUUAUGGGACCAUAAUCAAUGUAGAAAAAUCCUCAGUUAUAAACAAGUAUCCUCUCAACGUCAAAAAAUGUAUCCUGGGGAGAAAGCUUAUGAAUGCACCGAAUUUGAAAAGAUAUUCACCCAGAAGUCACAGCUCAAAGUACACCUGAAAGUUCUUGCAGGAGAAAAGCUCUAUGUAUGCAUUGAAUGUGGGAAGGCUUUUGUACAGAAGCCAGAAUUUAUUAUACACCAGAAAACCCAUAUGAGAGAGAAACCCUUUAAAUGCAAUGAAUGUGGAAAAUCCUUUUUUCAAGUAUCGUCCCUCUUCAGGCAUCAGAGAAUUCAUACCGGAGAGAAACUCUAUGAAUGCAGCCAAUGUGGGAAAGGCUUCUCUUAUAACUCAGAUCUCAGUAUACAUGAGAAAAUUCAUACUGGAGAGAGACACCAUGAAUGCACUGACUGUGGCAAAGCAUUCACACAAAAGUCCACACUCAAGAUGCAUCAGAAAAUCCAUACAGGCGAGAGAUCCUACAUCUGUAUUGAAUGCGGACAGGCCUUCAUCCAGAAGACUCAUCUGAUUGCACACCGAAGAAUUCAUAGUGGAGAAAAACCAUAUGAGUGCAGUAACUGUGGCAAAUCCUUCAUUUCCAAGUCACAACUUCAGGUACAUCAACGUGUUCACACAAGAGUGAAGCCGUAUAUAUGUACCGAAUAUGGGAAGGUCUUCAGCAAUAAUUCCAACCUCAUUACACAUAAGAAAGUUCAAAGUAGAGAGAAAUCUUCCAUAUGUACUGAGUGUGGGAAGGCCUUUACCUACAGGUCAGAGUUGAUUAUUCAUCAGAGAAUUCACACUGGAGAGAAACCUUAUGAAUGCAGUGAUUGUGGAAAAGCCUUCACUCAGAAGUCAGCACUCACAGUGCAUCAGAGAAUUCAUACAGGAGAAAAAUCAUAUAUAUGCAUGAAAUGUGGACUGGCCUUCAUUCAGAAGGCACACUUGAUUGCACAUCAAAUAAUUCAUACUGGAGAGAAACCUUAUAAAUGUGGUCACUGUGGGAAAUUGUUUACUUCCAAGUCACAACUCCAUGUUCAUAAACGAAUUCACACAGGAGAAAAGCCCUAUAUGUGCAAUAAAUGUGGGAAGGCAUUCACCAACCGGUCAAAUCUCAUUACACAUCAGAAAACUCAUACAGGAGAGAAAUCUUAUAUAUGUUCCAAAUGUGGAAAGGCCUUCACCCAGAGGUCAGACUUGAUUACACAUCAGAGAAUCCAUACUGGGGAGAAGCCUUAUGAAUGCAAUACUUGUGGAAAAGCCUUCACUCAGAAGUCACACCUCAAUAUACACCAGAAAAUUCACACUGGAGAGAGACAGUAUGAAUGCCACGAAUGUGGGAAAGCCUUCAACCAGAAAUCGAUACUCAUUGUUCAUCAGAAAAUUCAUACAGGAGAGAAGCCCUAUGUAUGCACUGAGUGUGGAAGAGCUUUCAUCCGCAAGUCAAACUUUAUUACUCAUCAAAGAAUUCAUACUGGAGAGAAGCCUUAUGAAUGCAGUGACUGUGGGAAGUCCUUUACCUCCAAGUCUCAGCUCCUAGUGCAUCAGCCAAUUCACACAGGAGAGAAACCCUAUGUGUGUGCCGAGUGUGGGAAGGCCUUUAGUGGCAGGUCAAAUCUCAGUAAGCACCAGAAAACUCAUACCGGAGAAAAGCCCUACAUUUGUUCUGAAUGUGGGAAGACCUUUCGACAGAAGUCAGAGUUGAUUACACAUCAUAGAAUUCAUACUGGAGAGAAACCGUAUGAGUGCAGUGACUGUGGGAAGUCUUUCACUAAAAAAUCACAGCUCCAAGUGCAUCAACGAAUUCACACCGGAGAGAAGCCUUACGUGUGUGCUGAGUGUGGGAAGGCCUUUACUGACAGGUCAAAUUUGAAUAAACAUCAGACAACACACACUGGAGACAAACCCUACAAGUGUGGCAUCUGUGGGAAAGGCUUCGUUCAGAAAUCAGUGUUCAGUGUCCAUCAGAGCAGCCACGCUUGAGAGAAACAGUGUGAGAAAACCCCACUGAGGGUUGGGUCUGAUUGUACACUGUUGCGUGCAUGCAGCAGAAAAAUAUGUAUAUUAUUAUAAAUAGAAAUGACCACAUCAGAAUGUCACACAUGACUGUUCUGGAGAGGGCCUCUGAGAAGGCACUGAAUGAGGCGAGGGACCCUUCCUACAUUGUCACCAUCCCCAAUAAACCUUGGGGCAUUAUUCCUACUGACAAGGAACCAAGUCAGUUUGGUGAAUAGGAAAAGCCUUCUCAUGAAAACUACAAUGGAACACUGUUACCAAAUUCUUCAUAAGAAAGAUCAUAUUAUGGGAAUGAUAAUCCUGUUUACUGUGGUUUAGGUAUAGUGCCAACAAAUUGAAUGAUAAAACAACAUCAUACAUAGUUAUUUUGAUAGUGAUGAAUCCUAAGUUAUGUGAGUUGUUCGUUGUGGAACACAUUGUGUAACAGACUCGUGGAUGUUUUUCUUUCUUGUUCGAAUCUACCACAGUUGGUCAUAUCCAACUCUCAUUCAGUAUUUCUAUCAAGAAAUAGAUGCUACAAAAAAAAAAGAAAAAACCUUUAUGUAUACAGAUGUAAACCUCAGAAUGUAUGUUGAGUCCCCACUGUCAUCUAGCACCAAGACUUACAACCCCCCUCAUUAUCUACCAUGACUGGUCUCUCAGCCUCACAGGCCCUCAGCACAUUGUGUUUUGACCCUCAGCACAGUGUCUUGUGAACUCCCAUCACCUUCAAGAAAGCUUCUGAGGUAAGAAUUUUCAGGUCAUCUGGGACAACUUAAAUGUCCCUUCUGCUGUCAUAGUUCUUCCAACUCAGUUGCCUUUUUUUUUUUCAUUACUCAUCACUGACUGGAAGCUUAGCAUUUGGCUUCCUUAAUGAUGUGACUUUCAUGUAACAGAUUAAUAACUUAUAUGAAAACCAACACAACCAUAUGUUUAGGGCCAGAAAGGGCCAUGAUGCCUGGCCAUUUUCCCCAUUUUACGUUACUCUUACGUGUGUCACACUUCAUCAUCACACUCCAGAAAGUUUCUGGAGAUCUCCUCAUUACCUUUUUUAUAAUCACCUCACUCCAGCAUGAUGUCUGUUACCUCCUCCCAUUUGUGACAAUGUCUAGUAAGGUCCACUCUCCAUUCUGCGUGAUGACCACUUAUUACAACCCUCAGAAUAGGGGACAGUGGUGUGCCCCCGCAAUACAAUGGUUACUAUCUCCUGAUACUUUUAUUACACCUCUAGCAGGAUAUCUUGUGAUCCCCCUUAUUGAUUUUUCCCUCACAAUGAUGAACAAUUAUCUCCCAUUACUCACCUAGCAGUAUCUAACUGUCCCUAACACAGCAUGUGGGAAUGCCCUCAAUACGGUGGAUGCUGUUAACUUCCUUCCUUCCCCUUAGGUAACGGCAGUGACUUACAAUGAACCAUAAUGUCCACAUUUCCCAACUGUAUUUUGGAGCCUCUUCUGUCCCCUUCUUUAUAGGACCCUAGUUUAAAAAAAAAACUAGCCGAAUGUCUAUUGAUGCCCAUUAAUCACUAACACAGUGUCUGACCCCUCUGUUAAAUUUUGAUGGUAUCUCUUGGCUCCCCGUUGUCCCCUGUUAACCCAAUGUCUGCUGAUUCUCAACUUCCCACAUUGCUUCAUGAGGUUCCUUAGUCACCCUUGGCUACUGUACUUUCCCCAAGAUUGCAUCUCCAUAUUUGCAUGGUCAUGAUCCCUGGAAGAUGGUGAUGAGGAUGAGGUCCCAGCCUCAUAGACCUUUUCCUCUGAGUUCCCCCCAAGGCACAAUGGAAUGAUGGACCCAGGGUGGGCCAGGGAUGAUCUGGAGAUCUCAGGAGACCACAAGCUGGGCUUCCUGUCUAUUACAUGAGUAGUGAUGUGGGCAGAACAGUGAAAGCUGUCUAUGUUGGUUCAAAUUCUGGUGCCAACACUGAUCCACUUAGGGACCCUCAGCCUGCCCACAAACCUCUGGGCCUCAAUUGCCUCAGUUGUAAAAUGGGAUUAUGGGAGAAUGAAGUGACUUUUUUUGGGUCACAUUAUGGAUGGGAUCCAAGCCAGCAGGGCCCAAUGACAGCAUCCUGUUAAUAUUAGUCAACAUAAGCAUCUGACUAUCCUCUGUAUGCCCAAGCCUCAUGAAGGGAAACAAUUUAUUAUAAAUGACUUUUGAUUAUUUCUCUUAUAUAUUUAUUAUAACAAUAUUAUAAUACUUACAUGUAUAUGUAUAUGCAUAUACCCAUAUAUACUGAAGGCUUUAUUUUUUAGAGUAGUUUUAGGUUCAAAGCAAAAUUGGGUAGAAAUUACAGAGGUUUCCUAUAUAUCCCUAAUCCACAUAUGCAUAGCCUCCCACAUUAUCAACAUUCCUCUCAGAGUAGUAUAUUUGUUACAAUUGGUGAACCUCCACUGACACUCAUUAUCACCCCAAGUCUAUAGGUUAUAUUAGCCUUCAUUCUUGGUGUAACAGCAUAGAAUGUGUCUUGUACUUUCUGCUUGUUGGAACAAGUGGAUCAUGGCAUGUUUCCACUGUUACACACACAGAGUAGUUUCACUGCCCUAAAAAUCCUCUGUGUUUUGCCUGUCAUCCCUUCAUCUCCUCUAACCCUGGCAACAUUUUUUCCUUCUCCAUAGUUUUACCUUUUAUCUUUUGUAUCAUAUAGUUGAAAUCAUACAAUGUGUAGCCUUUUCAAAUUGACUUCUUUCACAGUAAUGUGGAUUUAAGUUUCCUCCAUGUCUUUUCAUGGCUUGAUAAUGCAUUUCUUUUUAGCGUCAAAUUAUGUUCCAUUGUCUGGAUGUUUAUUUACCUACUGAAGGACUGUUGGAUGCUUCCAAGUUUUGGCAAUUAUGAGGAAAGCUGUUAUAAAUAUCUGUGCAGGCUUUUUGUGUGGACAUAACUGAAAUAUUUUUAAAGUUAUAUUUAUUGAGGUAUAAUUUACAGUCAGUAAUAUUCACACUUUUUAGUGUAGAGUUCUAAGUUUUGACAGUUGUAUCUAAUCAUGCAAUCAACACCACAGUCAAGAUAGAGAACAGGUCCUUCACUUCCCUAAUUUCUUUCUUAUCCCUUUUUAGUCCCUUUUCCCACUCCCAGCCCUUGGCAAUCACCAGUCUGUUUCCGUCUCUAUAGUUCUGCCUUUUCCAUAAUAUUGUGUAAAUGGAGUCCUUGUGUGUGUGUGUUUGUGUGUGUUUUGUAUGUGUAUGUAUAUCUCCUUUUGAGUCGGAGUGCUUUCAUUUAAUGUAUUUGAGAUUCACCCAUAUGGUUAUAUGAAAAACAAAUGGAAAAUAAAGUGAUGAAAAGAUGCUCAACAUCUUUAAUUAUCAGGAAAAUGCAAAUUAAACCGCAAUGAGAUACUACUAUAGAAUGGCCUUUAGAAUGGCUAAAAAUGAAAAUGUACCACAAAUUGGCAAGAAUACAGAGCAAUGGAAAUUUUCAUGCAUUGCUUGUAGGAAUGUAAAAUGGUCUGUCCACUAUGCACAAAAGUUUGGCAGCUUCUUAUACUAUUAACCAUACAUUUAUCAUAUGACUCAGCAACUCCACACUUAGGUAUUUACCCUAGAUGAAAGAAAAAUUCUGUUUACAUGAAAACCUAUACUCAAAUUUUCACAGCAAUUGUAUAAUUGCCCAAAUUAGGAAGUAACACAAAGGUACAUCAGUGGAUGAGUGAUUAAACAAAUUAUAUACACUGAUACUAUGGAGGGCUGCUCAGACAUAAAAAAGGAUUUAUUGACACUUACUACAACAUGGAUGAAUCUCAAAAGUGCUGUUAUAUUUUACCAUGUGAUAACUUGAACUACAUUUGAUAAAAGAUUUAUAGAUGUAAAUAACUAGAUUUAUAUAUUUUAAUUUUAUAUGUGCCUGUCAUUACAUACUAUAGUAAAUUGUGUCUACAGUAUGUUAUAUAGCAUAUUGUAAUAUUUAUUACUGUAUAUUCCUUAUGACAAUAAAAUAGUUUGUAUUUUAUAUAAUAGUACCUGUUUUAUAGUAUAUAUUUUAUUUUAUAUGAUUACCUAAUUUUAAUAUUUUAGGUAUCAAACUUUCACAUAAUAUUUUGGUUAUUUCUACUUUCACGUAGUUGCAUUUAAUGUUUGUAGUGUAAAGAUAUAACUACAAUAAAAGAGGCCAUAGGGUCCAGAGAGUCUGCAGUUGGAGUUAGUCAACAUUUUUAUUUGCCAGGCAUCUCAGUUCUGGCUGUUUUAACAUCAAGGAUCUUUUCUCUGGCUUUGGGCCUUUGCACUGACUGUUCUGAGAGUACUCUGCUUCUCCAGUGCCCGUGCAUCUUGCUUUCCUCUUCCACCUUUGGAGUGCCUCCACCCCCAUCUUAUCCUGCCAUUGAAGUAACACAUCUGUAGGGCUCACUUGCUGCUCCCUUAUUUUGUACUAUAUUUGCACUGCAAAUACUACUACUAUCUGACCUGAUUCAAUAUUCCUUUUUUUGGUUUCUCAUCCCUCUUCCCCACUGGACCAUCAGCCUCAUGAGACCCAGACUUUGUCUGUCUUGUUUCUGCUGUAUCCCAGGCACCCAGCAUGGUGCCAGCUCAAAGCAGACGCUCAGUACAAGCUUGUUAAAUGGAUGAAUGAAUAAUAGCAAUAAUAUCGAGGUUGACCAGAUGCCCCACACAGAUUGGUUACAUGCGUGAGGAAGUUGGUGGGGUGGGUUCAGUUCCUCUAAUUCAAGAUUUAAUGCCUCCUCCCACCAUGGUCCAGCACACCCAGCUCUAACUCUAUGUCAGGGCGGUACCCAACUCAAUAUCCUACCUACAUACAUUCCACACUGUUUACAAGAUCUCCUAACUUAGCCUCCUCCUGGUCACAGUGGCAGGCCACGUAGAGGGGGAAAGGGGAAGUAGUGGGGGAUCCAUAGGCAGGGGGCUAUUCCCAUCAGCAUGUACCCUAGCACUUUCUAUCCUGCACCCCAUAGUCAGUGUCAUCUGCCCCACCUCCUCCACUGGAGCAGCCACUGGAAAAUAUGGAACCCCAGGAGCAAGGGGAAUGUAGCAGGGCUGAGGGUUCUGGGGCUCAGGCACCUUGUUGGAUAAUGGAUGGGAUGCAGUGUGGCAGAUAUUGACCCCAUGGCCAAAGUCAGCUUAAAGCCAAGGUUGUCAAGGACACUUCCCAUAAUGCCAGGAUGAAUCACACCCUCCACCCUCAGCUCUCAACUGGGCUACUAGUGCCAAUGUGACUAUUUUUUAUUUUUAUUUUUUUGAGAUGGAGUCUCACUCUUUCACUAGGUUGGAGUGCAGUGGCACGAUCUUGGCUCACUGCAACCUCUGCCUCCCGGGUUCAAGCGAUUCUCCUACCUCAGCCUCCAAGUAGCUGGGAUUACAGGCAUCCACCGCCACACCCAGCUAAUUUUUUGUAUUUUUAGUAGAGAUGGGGUUUCACCAUGUUGGCCAGGAUGGUCUUGAUCUCCUGACCUCAUGAUUUGCCCACCUCGGCCGCCCAAAGCAUUGGGAUUACAGGCCUGAGCCACCGUGCCCAACCCAAUGUGACUAUUAUCUAUGGUAUAUCCUACCCCCCCCCGCCACACUCUACUCCACAUUCCUCAUACCAUACCAUACUCCAUGCCAUAGCAUACCACUUACAGUUUUACUUAAUUCUACAAUUAUAUUGUUUCUAUUAAUGGUUUUAAAUAUAAUCAACACAAUUAUACUUUAUAACAAAUAUCAGAAUCCUUAUCAUUAUUUAUUAUAUGCCUCUAAAUUAUUAAGAUAUCAUAAAUAACAACAUAUCAAUUCUGAUGCUAAGAAAUCCUCUGUCUCUGCUAGUUUCUGCCACCUUCAGGUGUUUGUAUUAUAUAAACACAGUAGUCCCACCCCUGGGGUGAUGUUUUCCACCCUCUGUGAAAUCAGCACAAUUAGGUUACAUCCUUAGUGAUUUUAUUAUGGUGUUAUUUUAAUAUUUAUUAUAACAAGGAAUACUGCUAUUAAAACAAAAUAUUGUGUUCUCUGUUUACAUUUGUGAAAUAGGACAAUAUAAGAAACACAUUGGUACAAUCAUUUGAGUUAUAUUAAGUUUGUGCCUAUAAUAAAUGCCAAUCCUGAAAA